AUGGGGGGCCCCUGGGUCUCAGGGGGGCCAGAGCUGGGGGCCUUGGUGGGGUCCCUGGAUCUCCAGGGGGGCGGAGCUUCGGGGGCGCUCCGGGGCCUGAACCCCCCUCACCGCGUCAAAUCCAUUUCCAUGACCACCUUCACCGAGCCCGAGGUGCUGUUCCUGCAGGCCCGCGGCAACGAGGCCUGCCGGAAGGUUUGGCUGGGCUCCUUCGAUCCCCGCACGUCGCUGCUCCCGGACUCCAGGGACCCGCAGAAAGUGAAGGAGUUCUUGCAGGAGAAAUACGAGAAGAAACGAUGGUACGUCUCGCCGGAUCAAGCCAAAGGUGCUGCCUCCCUGGCCAGCCAGAGCUCCACCCCAGAGGUGAAGCCCCAGCAGACCCUUCUAGGGGACUCGGGAGGACUCCUCACAGCUGCCGGAUCCAGCCGGACCUCGGGCCAGCCCCGCCUGCCACACCAGCGCACCCCCCAGCCGGCCAAGAAAGCCAGCACGGACCUCCUGGCGGAUAUCGGCGGGGACCCUUUCGCCGCCCCCCAGCCAGCCCCCGCCUUCGCCAUGUUCCCUGCCUUCCCGGGUAAGCCAGGCCCCAAGCCCAUGCUUGCCUUUGCCAUUUUGAUGCCUGUUGGUGCAGCCCACGUCACUGGUAGCGUCGCGCCUUCGGGGGGGUCCAGUGUGACGGCUUUUGGCGCCUCCCCCGUCCAGCCACGCCCUGGCAGCGGAAUCCCGGACAUGGGCGGAGCACCCAGCAGGUUCAGGACCGUGGGAAACCAGCCUCUUCGGGACCUGAGCCGAGCCGGCGGCCGCGUGCCGCCGGGCCCACCUGGCGCCGCGCCUACGGCCUUACCCGCCAAACCCCUUCGCCCGCCUGCCCCCCGCCUGCCCGGUCCCCCAGCACUAACCGCCUUCCAGCCCAAACGGACACUGCACCAGACGGGCAGCCUUUCAUCCUCGCCCUCGUCAUCAAGCAUCCAGCACCCAACCCCCUUCUUAUGCACCGGUGCCCGGACGGCUGCUCUGGGCAGGGAAGGCGUGCAGCGGUGCCUGGCAUGGGCACCGGGGGGGGCUGGUGCUGCUCUCUGGCCUCUCCCGCGUGAUGGGUGCAGUGGGGCCAGGGGGUCCUGGCGCCUGCAGGCUGCACCCACUGCCCCAACCCCCAGAGGGAGGGCAUGCACCUUUGCGGGGGUGACCACGCUGUUCCCUUCUGUGUCAGCAGGGGGUGCCCAGGUGAGCGGCUUUGGCGCCUCCCCCUCCAGCCACCCUGGCAGCGGGAUCCCGGACAUGGGCGGAGCACCCAGCAGCCUCUUCGGGAGCCUGAGCCAGCCGGCGGCCCUGCCCCCGCCCAGCCCUGCGCCCGCCUACGGGGCCUACGCCAACCCCUUCGCCCCGCCUGCCGCCCCGCCUGCCCGGCCCAGCACUAACCCCUUCCAGCCCAACGGCACUGCACCAGACGGCAGCUCCAUCCUCGCCCUUCGUCAUCAAGCAUCCAGCCACCAACCCCUUCUUAUAGCGAGGUGCCGGACGGCUGCUCUGGGCAGGAAGUGCCCAUCCCAUCCAGCAGGGGGCAGGCCGCUGCAGCCACACACACCCCCGCACCGGCUUCCGGCUGCGCAGCCCCAACGCUGUGGGGAUGGGCUGGACCAAGUGCUUUAACUACUGCGAUGGCUUCUAAGGGAACCGGCCCGGAGAAGAGCUGGCCCUUGAAGAGAGGUUCUGGGCCCAGCACCGAGGCAUUCUGGGACUUGUAGUCUCGGUGGGGAUUUUUCAGCAGGGCAUGCUGGGAAAGUGGAGGGGGUGGGAAUGUGGGUCAAGUGGGUUAGCUGGCCCUUAAAAGGGGUUUGGGAUUCUUCUGGGCCUUGUGGUCCAGAAGGGAGCCCCAGGGGAGCUGGAGGUGGGGCAGCAAUGCAUGCUGGGAAAGGGAGCCCUCUCUGCUUCUCCUCCCAAGCAAGAGGGGCUGGGAUGAGUGUGGGCUCUGUCAAGG